UGGUUGUGCGAGCUGGAAGCGUCGCCCCUUUGAUUAGUGUAGCUCCUAGCGCUGCUGAUAACCUUUGGCUGAGGCAAAACAGGCCCAAGAUCCCCAGAGACACGAACAGAAAAACACCCAGAACAUAGCGAAACCAAUUGGCCGCUGGCAACAGUGAGGCGAAUAACAAUGACGGACGCAAACGUUUUACAUAGUGAUGCCCGGCGCCUCGCAAUCGGGUCCAACACUGAAUAAUUCGCCUACCAAGUUGAAGGAGCUCCAGAUUGAUCUCGAAGUUAGAAUGCCGAACAUCAAAGUGUUUUCGGGCACUAGCCAUCCAGAUCUGGCGCAGGGGAUCGUCGAUCGACUGGGCAUAGAUGUUGGAAAAGUCGUCACGAAGAAAUUCUCCAAUCUGGAGACCUGUGUGGAAAUAGGGGAAUCAGUGCGAGGCGAGGACGUCUACAUAGUGCAAUCGGGCUCCGGCGAAGUGAAUGACAACCUUAUGGAACUGCUCAUCAUGAUCAACGCCUGCAAAAUCGCCUCCGCUUGUAGAGUGACUGCUGUGAUUCCCUGCUUUCCCUACGCCCGCCAAGACAAGAAAGACAAGAAUAUGGAGACGGACAAGGAACGCCACAUUGAAAAGUGGAAGUCAAUCGAAUGGAAAUUUCGGAGCCGAGCCCCGAUUUCCGCCAAACUGGUCGCAAAUAUGCUUUCGGUAGCAGGCGCCGAUCACAUAAUCACCAUGGAUUUGCACGCCUCCCAAAUUCAGGGCUUCUUCGACAUUCCUGUUGAUAAUCUCUACGCUGAACCAGCAGUGCUGAAGUGGAUCAAGGAAAACAUCGUCGAAUGGAGGAAUAGCAUUAUAGUGUCUCCAGAUGCUGGCGGUGCCAAGAGGGUGACUUCCAUCGCCGACAGGCUCAAUGUUGAGUUUGCCCUCAUUCACAAAGAACGAAAGAAAGCCAACGAGGUGGCCAGCAUGGUCCUGGUAGGAGAUGUGAAAGAUCGCGUGGCGAUUUUGGUGGACGACAUGGCAGAUACUUGCGGAACGAUCUGCCAUGCUGCCGAAAAGCUGAUGGAAGCCGGCGCAACUAAAGUUUAUGCCAUUUUAACCCACGGGAUUUUCUCCGGACCGGCCAUCAGUCGGAUAAAUAAUGCGUGUUUUGAGGCCGUAGUGGUGACCAACACCAUUCCCCAGGAUCAGCACAUGCAACAGUGCAACAAAGUGCAGUGCAUCGACGUUUCUAUGAUGUUCGCUGAGGCCGUAAGACGAACACACAACGGGGAAAGUGUAUCAUAUUUGUUCUCGAAUGUCCCUUAUUAAACCCCUCUGAUUCCACACUUUAAUUGUUAAGAAUUACAUACCAUACUAUACUACAAUUGAAAACAACUGUGCUGAGAAAUCGCCUUUAAUUAAUUGAACUUCGAGGGGCACAGUUUUAGGAUAAUGCAAUUAAGAUACAUUUUUUAGUA